UGUAGCAGCAGCAAACGAUGGGGGCUUGGGUUUAGCCUCGAAAUGCUUUAGCCAGGUUUUUAGUUUUGUGUAUCUUGCAUACGGUUUCCAGCAUGUUAACGCUGAAGUGCGGUGAAGUGCAGAGGGAAUAUAUGAAGGAGGAGGUGGAGGAGUGUGCUGAAGAUGAGGCGACUGAAUCGGAAGAAGACCUUGAAUUUGAUGAAAGAACUGGAUGCCUUUCCAAAGGUUCCUGAAAGCUAUGUGGAGACUUCAGCGAGCGGAGGCACAGUUUCUCUGAUAGCAUUUACAACGAUAGCUUUCCUGACUAUAAUGGAGUUCACGGUGUAUCGGGAGACAUGGAUGAAAUAUGAAUAUGAAGUAGACAAGGAUUUUACUAGUAAGUUAAGAAUCAAUAUUGAUAUUACAGUUGCCAUGAGGUGUCAAUAUGUGGGCGCUGAUGUUCUGGAUUUAGCAGAAACAAUGGUUGCCUCUGCAGAUGGGCUCAUCUAUGAACCAGUAGUAUUUGAUCUCAGCCCACAACAAAAAGAAUGGCAAAGGAUGCUGCAGCUAAUUCAGAACAGGCUGCAGGAAGAACACUCUCUUCAAGAUGUGAUAUUCAAAAGUGCUUUUAAAAGUGCUUCUACAGCACUACCGCCACGGGAAGAUAAUUCAUUACAGUCUCCAGAUGCAUGCAGAAUUCAUGGUCAUCUCUAUGUCAAUAAAGUGGCAGGGAAUUUUCAUAUAACUGUGGGCAAGGCAAUACCACACCCUCGAGGCCAUGCACACUUGGCGGCCCUUGUAAGCCACGAGUCCUAUAACUUCUCUCACAGAAUAGAUCAUUUGUCAUUUGGAGAGCUUAUUCCAGGACUUAUUAAUCCUUUGGAUGGAACAGAAAAAAUAGCAUCAGAUCAUAACCAGAUGUUCCAAUAUUUUAUCACAGUUGUGCCAACCAAACUCCAUACGUAUAAAAUUUCAGCAGAAACUCAUCAAUUUUCAGUGACAGAAAGAGAAAGAGUAAUUAACCAUGCAGCUGGCAGCCAUGGGGUGUCAGGAAUAUUCAUGAAAUAUGAUAUCAGUUCACUUAUGGUGACGGUGACAGAAGAACACAUGCCUUUUUGGCAGUUCUUAGUGAGGCUCUGUGGCAUUAUUGGGGGAAUUUUUUCAACUACAGGAAUUUUACAUGGCUUUGGAAGAUUUGUAGCAGAAGUUAUUUUUUGCCGUUUCAGACUGGGCUCUUACAGAUCCACAUUGGUUCCACUUCCUGAUGGCCACACAAGCAACCACUUACCUCUAAUUACAGACAAUAGUACGCAUUAGCCUCCUGAGAAAACUUUCUUUCUUCCUGCCCGAUACAGAAGACUUUUUUUUUAUAAUAAAGAAAACAUUGUGCAAUAUGCUGAGACAGUCCUGAUGGGCAGCAAAAAAUGAAGCCUUUACAAAAAAACCCCAACAAAACAAUUUGUGUAAUUUUUUGUCUUUCUAAGUGCACAUGGAGUCACAGGAGGUUGUGAGACCAGUGAGGUGGACCAUCUUCUGGAGAUUAAAGGAGCGUUGCUGCCAAUACAGUA